AUGCAGAGCGAAGAACGGCCCUACAAGUCCCAUGUGAAGCCCGCGUGUCUGCCUUGCAGGCGACGCAAAUCUCGCUGUAAACUCGAGCCAACCACCACGGCAUGUCUUAUGUGUCGAGCCCAUGGGACUGAAUGCUCGUUCCCGGCAGAGAAGCGUCGAAAAACGGCUCCUCGAACUCCGAGAAGACGGAAUUAUGAAGGAAACGCUAGCGCUUCAGAAACACCUGUUCCGGGCACUGAAACUGCAUUAGCACCUGACAUUGGGGUCUUGCGGAAUGCAUCCUCCCGGAAUCAUCCUUUUUCAAGCCCAACCGUCAGGAAUAUGCAUCAGCCUGCUCGUUCGGAGUGGGGCCCGCCACCAGGUGCACAAGAAACGCCUCUUUCUUUGGAAGCAGAGGACGACAAUCCCCACAUAGUCGGCCCGGCCGUCGUGGAUGAUAGUCAUGUCCUGGCAGACUACCUCUCCGGAUUCUCUGGGAGCCGCGGAAUUCGGUCUAUACAACCGAUACAGCCAGGGUGCUCAUCGCCCAUAGUCUUUACGAAAGUGCAGAAGCGACCAGUGGGGAUAAUGCUCAACUCCAAUCCGGCGUUGCAUAAGCUCCAGAUUGUUGAGAAACUAAUUGAGCCCUGGUCAUCUCACAUGGUCGACCUUUAUUUCCAGAAGAUAAACAAUUGCUUCCCUCUUCUUGAUGAAGCCAAUUUUCGGUCGCAGUAUGCUAAUGCAAAAGACCGCAUUUCACCGGCUCUCCUGGCCAAUCUGUACGGGCAUAUGGUGGCUUUCUGGAGAUGCCAUGAUGAGCUGUCACAGGCGCGCCGCCCUGACGACCGAUUCAUUUGGAAUAUUGCUGGAGAAACGAUUUUCUCGGAGCUACACCUGUCGCCUGGCAUAUCUACAAUAACUGCGAUCCUUCUCAAUCUUGGGGGUCGACCGACCACCUCGAUGAUUGGCAAUGGGAUCAUCUUGGGAUCAGCAAUGGCACUCUGCUACGCUCUGGGCUUGAAUCGUAACCCGCUUCCAUGGGAUAUCCCGCUAUCUGAAAAGCAGCAAAGGAUGAAACGCGCACAAUCUGAUGUUCCACUCCCAACAAUAGAGCUACUACAAGCUAGCAAUGAGGGAAGCCCAACCAGAGCGUUAGAGGUCUUCAUCGCACUGGUGAACCUGACGACUGUGCUUGAUCACUGUCUUGAAUACGUGUACAACAUUAAUUCGGAGGGCCCCACGAAGAACUUGGACCUAGAACUCAAUCGAUGGAUUGAAAGCCUCACGGGAAAUGUCCGCAAGAUCAUUAUCCGCGGCACAUGUCUCGAAAUACCAGGGGCAUCCAACCUGCGCUUAGCCUACCUGGUAAUCAAGCUCCUCUUACGGCGCUUUGAGCUCGAUCGAGAGAGGCAACGGCCAGAUCAUGAUCCAGAGGACCUGGCAAACUACCUGAUUGCUGCGCGAAGAAGUGCAGAAGAUAUUGUUGUCCUCGUGCAAGAGCUCGAGGACUGGCAAUUAGCAGAUUUCUGGCUUCCUAUUGCGUCUUUCACAUUUGUCACAACCGUCACAUUCUUAAUUCGCUGCGCACUGGAAACCGACCAGAGCUCAACCGGGCUUGCCCAAAGUCCGUCUCUUCUGAUGGCACGCGAUUUCCUCAACUCGCUAUCGCAACAUCAACGAAGGGUUGGCUGGGAUCUAGCAGAUUUAUGCCUUGCGCAGCAUUCUGAGGUUGUCAACAAGCUGUUGACUUCGGUACCAGUGGAUCAUGCGUUUAAUGAUGCCAACAUCGAGACUCGACAACCAUUCAUGCCGGACAUGGCAUUCAUUGACACGAUGUUUCCCAGCAUAUGGGAUACGUUGCAAAGCAUGUAA